GACAACGAUCUCUACAAGAAAGUCCUACGCAGCCCUCUUUUUUUCUUUCUUAAUUCCUACACAGCCAAAAUAUCUCUAUCCAAUCUUAUUUGCUCCCUCUCUUUUGUUCUUUCUUCCAUUUUACAAUUUUCAACAUCAACGAAAGAAGGAAUUUGCCAUCAGGACAAGGCUUCCCCAUCUUCAUUUAUUCCAUCCAGUGUUCAACUAUUUCAGUUUCAUAGUAAUAUAGUAUAGAAGAAAUUCAAAACGGUGUCGUGUGUUUUCGAAAUGAAUGACGAAUCUUGUUCGAUGAGAUCCUCUGGGUUUAUCCACGGGAUGGAGCGUAUCUCGGUCCACGAUUCGGCGGAGGAUCCGGGGUGGUUGUCGUCGGAAGAUGAUGGAGAAGAUGAUGAUCUGGGGUCUAGUAGUUCGUCGUCGAUCGGAAGGAACAGUGAUGUUUCCGGUGAAUCGUCAGCGGAGGGUGAAGAUUCAGCGGAGGCUGAAGUGGAAAGCCAGCUUAAAGAACCCUUGGAUUCCAUGGAUGCUCUAGUGGAUGCUUUGCCUAUGAGAAGAGGCAUAUCCAACUUUUAUACUGGCAGAUCAAAGUCCUACACUAGUCUAGCCGAUGCAGCUGCCGCUCCGUCCGUUAAAGAUUUCGCCAAGCCGGAGGAUCCUUAUAACAGGAAACGCAAGAACUUAUUAGCCCAUGGUUCUUUUCUGGGGAAAAAUCGCAACCGAAGUGCAAUGGCUCUUCGAGCUAUUGCGAGCACCUCCGACUUCAACUCGAUCUCAUCAUCACCGUCCAGCAGCGGCCUGCCACCACUGCAUCCACAGCAUAAAAAAUCAACUGCCAUCAGAUCAUCAUCGCUGACUUCUCGACCGAUCCCUCCUUGUCGGUCUUUCUCCUUGUCUGAUCUACAGUAUGCUGAUGCUUCAACUCCUCACACAGCAGGUUUGGCUGUUCACAGUGGCAACAAUGACAACAAACCCUGUUGAACUCAACCAAAGUGUACGUAUUCAAAAUUGUGAAACUGGAAAUACCUGAAUGGAACUGGUCUUCGAGAAUGGAGACCGUCACCUCCCCGUUUCGAACUUUGAUCAAAUGGUUUAACUUGUAGUUAUAGGUGUACCAUGGCCAUGCAUUUGAGAAGUUGUCCCUGCAGCUGUACUGUAUUUUCCCAUUUCUCUUGUUUGAUUUGAGGUAAUAAUGAGAAUGCUAUGUUGUAUAGUACAAGAACUAAAAUACAUUCUCUUACUAUGCAGCAACCGUCGACCGCCUUCUUAUUUCUCGGUGAUAUUGAUACUGGUUACCGGAUCCCGGAUCGGAGUCUCUAUGUUACCGCAGUUAUGGUUAUAGUCCAAUGAUCAGUGCUUUACAGUGGCUUGA